AUGUGCUCACCACUCUCUCUGCCAUCUCAUGUGCUCACCACUCUCUCUGCCAUCCCAUGUGCUCACCACUCUCUCUGCCAUCUCAUGUGCUCACCACUCUCUCUGCCAUCUCAUGUGCUCACCACUCUCUUUGCCAUCACAUGUGCUCACCACUCUCUCUGCCAUCUCAUGUGCUCACCACUCCCUCUGCCAUCUCAUCCAUCUCAUGUGCUCACCACUCUCUCUGCCAUCUCAUGUGCUCACCACUCUCUCUACCAUCUCAUCUGCUCACCACUCUCUCUGCCAUCCCAUGUGCUCACCACUCUGUCUGCCAUCCCAUGUGCUCACCACUCUCUCUACCAUCUCAUGUGCUCACCACUCUCUCUACCAUCUCAUGUGCUCACCACUCUCUCUGCCAUCCCAUGUGCUCACCACUCUGUCUGCCAUCCCAUGUGCUCACCAUUCUCUCUGCCAUCCCAUGUGCUCACCACUCUCUCUGCCAUCUCAUGUGCUCACCACUCUCUCUGCCAUCUCAUGUGCUCACCACUCUCUCUGCCAUCUCAUGUGCUCACCACUCUCUCUGCCAUCUCAUGUGCUCACCACUCUCUUUGCCAUCACAUGUGCUCACCACUCUCUCUGCCAUCUCAUGUGCUCACCACUCCCUCUGCCAUCUCAUGUGCUCACCACUCUCUUUGCCAUCUCAUGUGCUCACCACUCUCUCUGCCGUCUCAUGAGCUCACCACUCUCUCUGCCAUCCCAUGUGCUCACCACUCUGUCAGCCAUCUCAUGUGCUCACCACUCUCUCUGCCAUCUCAUGUGCUCACCACUCUCUCUACCAUCUCAUCUGCUCACCACUCUCUCUGCCAUCCCAUGUGCUCACCACUCUGUCUGCCAUCCCAUGUGCUCACCACUCUCUCUGCCAUCCCAUGUGCUCACCAAUCUCUCUACCAUCUCAUGUGCUCACCACUCUCUCUUCCAUCCCAUGUGCUCACCACUCUCUCUGCCAUCUCAUGUGCUCACCACUCUCUCUGCCAUCUUAUGUGCUCACCACUCUCUCUACCAUCUCAUGUGCUCACCACUCUCUCUGUCAUCCCAUGUGCUCACUACUCUGUCUGCCAUCCCAUGUGCUCACCACUCUCUCUGCCAUCUCAUGUGCUCACCACCCUCUCUGCCAUCUCAUGUGCUCACCACUUUCUCUACCAUCCCAUGUGCUCACCACUCUCUCUACCAUCUCAUGUGCUCACCACUCUCUCUGCCAUCCCAUGUGCUCACCACUCUGUCUGCCAUCCCAUGUGCUCACCACUCUCUCUGCCAUCCCAUGUGCUCACCAAUCUCUCUGCCAUCUCAUGUGCUCACCACUCUCUCUUCCAUCCCAUGUGCUCACCACUCUCUCUGCCAUCUCAUGUGCUCACCACUCCCUCUGCCAUCUCAUGUGCUCACCACUCUCUUUGCCAUCUCAUGUGCUCACCACUCUCUCUGCCGUCUCAUGAGCUCACCACUCUCUCUGCCAUCCCAUGUGCUCACCACUCUGUCUGCCAUCCCAUGUGCUCACCACUCUCUCUACCAUCUCAUGUGCUCACCACUCUCUCUGCCAUCCCAUGUGCUCACCACUCUGUCAGCCAUCUCAUGUGCUCACCACUCUCUCUGCCAUCUCAUGUGCUCACCACUCUCUCUACCAUCUCAUCUGCUCACCACUCUCUCUGCCAUCCCAUGUGCUCACCACUCUGUCUGCCAUCCCAUGUGCUCACCACUCUCUCUGCCAUCCCAUGUGCUCACCAAUCUCUCUGCCAUCUCAUGUGCUCACCACUCUCUCUUCCAUCCCAUGUGCUCACCACUCUCUCUGCCAUCUCAUGUGCUCACCACUCUCUCUGCCAUCUUAUGUGCUCACCACUCUCUCUACCAUCUCAUGUGCUCACCACUCUCUCUGCCUUCCCAUGUGCUCACCACUCGGUCUGCCAUCCCAUGUGCUCACCACUCUCUCUGCCAUCUCAUGUGCUCACGACCCUCUCUGCCAUCUCAUGUGCUCACCACUCUCUCUACCAUCUCAUGUGCACACCACUCUCUCUGCCAUCUUAUGUGCUCACCACUCUGUCUGCCAUCCCAUGUGCUCACCACUCUCUCUGCCAUCCCAUGUGCUCACCACUCUCUCUGUCAUCCACGGUGCUCACCACUCUGUCAGCCAUCUCAUGUGCUCACCACUAUCUCUGCCAUCUCAUGUGCUCACCACUCUCUCUACCAUCUCAUGUGCUCACCACUCUCUCUGCCAUCCCAUGUGCUCACCACUCUGUCUGCCAUCCCAUGUGCUCACCACUCUCUCUACCAUCUCAUGUGCUCACCACUCUCUCUACCAUCUCAUGUGCUCACCACUCUCUCUGCCAUCCCAUGUGCUCACCACUCUGUCUGCCAUCCCAUGUGCUCACCAUUCUCUCUGCCAUCCCAUGUGCUCACCACUCUCUCUGCCAUCUCAUGUGCUCACCACUCUCUCUGCCAUCUCAUGUGCUCACCACUCUCUUUGCCAUCCCAUGUGCUCACCACUCUCUCUACCAUCUCAUGUGCUCACCACUCUCUCUACCAUCUCAUGUGCUCACCACUCUCUCUGCCAUCCCAGGUGCUCACCAUUCUCUCUGCCAUCUCAUGUGCUCACCACUCUCUCUGCCAUCCCAUGUGCUCACCACUCUCUUUGCCAUCCCAUGUGCUCACCACUCUCUCUGCCAUCCCAUGUGCUCACCACUCUCUCUGCCAUCACAUGUGCUCACCACUCUCUCUGCCAUCUCAUGUGCUUACCACUCUCUCUGCCAUCCCAUGUGCUCACCACUCUCUCUGCCAUCUCAUGUGCUCACCACUCUCUCUGCCAUCUCAUGUGCUCACCACUCUCUUUGCCAUCACAUGUGCUCACCACUCUCUCUGCCAUCUCAUGUGCUCACCACUCCCUCUGCCAUCUCAUGUGCUCACCACUCUCUUUGCCAUCUCAUGUGCUCACCACUCUCUCUGCCGUCUCAUGAGCUCACCACUCUCUCUGCCAUCUCAUGUGCUCACCACUCUCUCUGCCAUCUCAUGUGCUCACCACCCUCUCUGCCAUAUCAUGCCUACCCUCGUCCUUGUGGCUGUGGGACGUUUGGGGGAAACCGUGGGGAAAUCCUUACCUCGUCAUCAUGCCCGACAUAA